AGACAAGUUUUUUAAUUGUAUAGCUUUAUUAUAGAAUUUCUACUUAUAAUUCAUUUCAAAAUAAUUGAAUCGAAAAAUAAAAAGCUCAAGAACGAUGAAUUUUAAAAGAUAAAAAUAGUUAAGAGAAACAUUUUAUGAAAAUAUUUACGUUUUAUUGAAUGUCUGAAGAAAUUAAAACCUUUAAUUAUUACUGUAAAAAAAUUAAAGUAAAAACCUGUUUUUUACGUGUGUUUUUUUUUGUAGGAUUUAUUUUUAUUCUCUGGAAUAUUUGCUUCAUUUCUUGACAAUGCUCCAGUUUAUAUUAGUUUCGCAGCAAGUGCUGCUGCACGAUAUAAUAUAACUAUUGAUCAAUCAGACAAUAAUGGUUUUCUUGCUGUAUUCUUUUCUCAAUAUGAAACCGAUGCAAUUCAAACAAUUCGUGCUAUAUCAGCUGGAUCUGUCUUAAUGGGUGGAUGUACUUUAAUUGGUAAUGCACCUAAUAUGAUUAUAGUAUUGAUGGCUACUCGUUAUACUUAUCGAACACGAAUAAAAAUGAAUCAAUCAAAAACUAAAGAGAAUAUUGAAGAUAAUUUAAUAACAUAUCAUCUUGAAAAUAUUAGUUUUAUGCGAUCACUUGUUACAGCUUGUCCUAUACUAAUUCCUAUUUUUGUUUUUGUAGCUUUUUUUAUGUUAUAA